GGAGGGCACUUCCUGUACUGGUGCUGGAAGUGGGAGGACAGAAGGCAGGCAGCCUGCUUCCUGGUUGAGAGUCCUAGUAGAACUCGGGGAUCAUGGACAUUGAAGCAUAUUUUGAAAGAAUUGGUUAUAAGAAUUCUAGGAACAAAUUGGACUUGGAAACAUUAACUAACAUUCUUCAGCACCAGAUCCGAGCCAUUCCCUUUGAGAACCUUAACAUCCAUUGUGGGGAAACCAUGGAAUUGGGCUUGAAGGCCAUUUUUGAGCAAGUUGUGCGGAGGAACCGUGGUGGAUGGUGUCUCCAGGUCAAUCAUCUUCUGUACUGGGUUCUGACCACAAUUGGUUAUGAGACCACAAUGUUGGGGGGUUAUGUGUACAGUACUGCAGCCAACAAAUAUAGUAAUGCUAUGAUUCAUCUCCUGCUGAAGGUGACUACUGAGGGUAAGAAUUACAUAGUGGAUGCUGGAUUUGGACGUUCUUACCAGAUGUGGCAGCCUCUGGAGUUAAUUUCUGGAAAGGAUCAGCUUCAAGUGCCUUGCAUCUUCCGCUUGACAGAAGAGAGAGGAAUCUGGUACCUGGACCAAAUCAGAAGACAGCAGUACAUUGCAAAUGAAGAAUUUCUUAAUUCUGAUCUCCUGGAAAAAAAUAAAUACCGAAAAAUAUACUCCUUUACUCUUGAACCUCGAACAAUUGAAGAUUUUGAGUCUGUGAAUACAUACCUUCAGACAUCUCCAACAUCUGUGUUUACAAGCAAGUCAUUCUGUUCCUUGCAGACAUCUGAAGGGGUUCACUGUUUAGUGGGCUGCACCCUUACCUAUAGGAAAUUCAAUUAUAAGGACAAUAUGGAUUUGGUAGAGUUUAAGGUCCUGAAUGAAGAAGAAGUAGAACAAAAGCUGAAAAAUACAUUUAAUAUUUCCUUAGAGAGAAAGUUUGUGCCCAAACAUGGUGAUCAACUUUUUACCAUUUAGAGUAAGGAGUAAAAAUAGUCUUCAGUAUUACUUCAUGUACUGAAACUUUUUGUUAUACAAAAUAUUAAACAUAUUAGAGAAAAUAAA